GCUUCUGCCGGAGAAGCGCCAUCCUCCCCCGGCGUGGCUGCGAGCACCGCCUGGGGACGGCGCAGCGGAGGGCGGUACGGCCGGUUUUGUCCUGCCGGCGGCACCGAGCCGGGGGCAGGUGGGCGAGGAGGGGCACGAAGUAACUGCUGAGCGGGAAAGAAGGGACUGCUUCACGGGAACCAGCGGGGCUUGUUUGCGGUAGCUCAGGCAGCUGAGCGAAGGGGGAAGUGGAAAGCCUCCAGGGAAGGAGGAAAUGUUUUGUGCUUGCUCUGAGGAUGUGCCCGUACAUGGUGACAAACAGAAGAGAGAGUGGCCAGAGCCUGGCUGGGCCUAAAGAAUCAGCCCUUCUGUUAGGCUUGGACGCAUUGUUCAGGUUUGGCAGCUAUUGCCCCAUUGAUGUUUUGCAGUCCAGACAGAAUGCAUCAGAAGUGAAAGAAUGGGGGCAUGAAUAACGCAGAGGUGCCCUGCUUUUGCAGCAGGCAUGUUAUACCAAGCGUGGCAGUUCUACGGGAGGUGGUGCCGUUCAUCUAGUCCUUUUAUCCAUCUCCUCACACUGACUGUGGUGACGUUCGGUGUGCUUGCACCUUUGAUUUGCCACCAGCUCCUCCACUCUUACUUCUAUUUGCGGCACUGGCACCUGAACCACAUGAGCAAGGAGUUCCUGGAGCAGAACCAGCAGGAGGGCCAGGCUGCCCUCCAUUACUUUGAGACGCUGCAAAUACCAAAUGCUUCUGAGGCCUAUGGCAGUCACAUCUUCCAGCCCUUGCUGCUGGUCACCAUUAUCACUGUGCAGAGGCGGAAUGAUUUCCACUAUGUCUUGCAAGUGGCCUCCCGCUUCCACCAUCUACUCCAGAAAUGUGGUGAACAUUGCCAAGGCCACCGCAUUCUCCUCUGUAAUGUGGAGUCAGACCCAAGUAGCCAUCAGGAUGUCAGGCUGCUGAGCAGCUUCUUUCCUAUGGUUAGUCGGGACAGAACUGGUGAGAACCCUGACCCCAGAGAGAACCAGUUUGAGAAGGAGAAGCAGGACUAUGUCUACUGUCUUGAGCAGUCACUGCUGGCAUAUAACCCAGAAUAUAUCCUCAUAGUGGAAGAUGAUGCUGUGCCGGAGGAGGAGAUAUUUGCUGUCUUGCAGCACCUCCUACUGUCCCGGUUCUCCAAACCAUACCUCAGAGACGCGCUUUACUUCAAGCUUUACCAUCCUGAGAGGCUUCAGCACUACUUCAACCCUGAGCCCAUGAGAAUCCUCGAGUGGGUGGGUCUGGGUAUGUUUCUGGGGCCUGUGCUGAACUGUGUGUACUCCUGGGCAACAGGGCGCCCCAGCCUCAGCUGGCCCAUUAUCUUGUUCUUUGCUUUGUACAGCAUGGCUCUGACAGAGCUGGUGGGACGCCAUUACCUGCUGGAGUUGCGCCGGCUGGCCCCUACGCUCUACAAUAUCGUGCCGGUCACUGAGUGCUGCACACCAGCCAUGCUCUUUUCUGCUCCCUCUGCCCGCCGUGCCUUAGGUUACCUGAAGGGGCUGCACUGCCGCCAGGGCUUUGCUAAGGAUAUUGCCCUCUACUCGAUGCUACGCAGUAAGGGGGAGAAUGCCUAUGUGGUGGAACCCAACCUGGUCCGGCAUGUGGGAAUGUAUUCCAGCCUUCGGCUCAACGACAACCCAAAACUGCUGUGAUCUCUUCAUGCCUUUCCAGACACAAAGCCCAGGAAAGCUGCUGCUGCGCUGAGGUUCUCUGCAGCUCCGAUAUUCUGCUUCCACUGGGCAUCCUGUGCCUCCAGGUGGACCAAGAAUAACUCUUAACAAAAAAAUCUUAAAAAAAACCCUUCUAUACAUGGAGAUCCUAUUUAGUAUAUACUUUGAGCUAUUCACCAUGCACCCUAUGGGAGGAAAGAGGAGGAUUCCAGGUGAGGGUGUGGAUUGUCUGCUCCCCUUAAUCUUACUUAGGGAAAAGCCCUUACAUCAGUAUAAACAGCUACACUGCCUACUCUCCUCUCUCCUUUACACUGGAUAGAGAGGUCCUCACCUUAGGACAACAGGUAUUUUGGACACAGUGAAUGUUUCACAUUUCAUCAGGUGAUGGGUAGAAACCCUCAUUUUCCUGUCUUUGCUAAUGUGACCUCUCUUUCAAAACUCUGGUUUUGAGAUGACCUUUCAAAUUUCAUCUAGAUUCUUCAAGUUUAACAACACCUCUGUUUGUUACUCCCUCCUCGUAUAGAACAUGUCUACACCUGUAUCCUUGGCACUUCUUUCUCUUGGAACAGCCUUUUAAAAACACAGCCUCUGCUGCUUUCAUUAAUGGUCACCUCUGAAGGUGGGAAUAGGAAAACAGAAUAACAACCAUUGGUACUAUGCAGCCAGGUCACAAAUGCACAUUUUUAUUGAUGCAUUAGACAUUAUGAGUGACUACUGUGUUGGACGGUGUCAUUGCUAGUUGUAGUGGAUCCAGAUGAUUAAGAGGCUUUAUCAGUUGCUGAUCAGACUUAGACAUUCAACAUGAGUUUACCUUGACUUCCUAUGAGCACAUAUGGAAAAGAAAUACUAGAUCCUUGUUUCAUCUUGGAAUUGUAAUUCACAGCACAACUUAAGUGGUUCAUUCUCUGCUUCUGGCAGUGAGCAAAAUACCCAUAGGAAACAAAGCUAGCUGUUAAAAAAAACCCCAAGCAACAGUAGCACAGCACAUCAAGGGGCCAGUUGAUAACUGAUCCUUUAACUUCAUAUGCUCUGAUUGUUAGGCAUUUGGAAAAGGUACUUUGUACUGCCACUGUGGGCACAGUUAAAUAUAAAACCUUGCAGAUAACAAGAGAUCUCAUGCAGGGAAAAUGUUUAUAUCUGAUGAAAAGCCCACUUUAACAUUAGUGGGCUUUGAAUCAAAUUCAGUUAUAUGCAGAGUUUGGCUGAACUGGUUUUGAAACCACAUUCAUAGCUUCGGAAUGAACCACAUACAAUAUUUUUGUUGAGUUUUGGUCAGUGGUGAAGGAAGAAUUUUAUUUAGCCUUCCAGACUCUUUCAAGUGAUUUAUGCCUUAAAUUCUACAAUGAGUGUAGUUGUAGAUGUGAAAGACAUAAAAAUCCUGAGAGAUGAAACCAAAGAAAGUUGCAAACCUCCAGCUGUCAGCAAGGAAUUGGUAUCAAUUACACAACACAAAGGCAUAAAUCAAGUCAGCUGAGAAGUGGUUUCAUACCACAGAGCAGUGGUUGCUCUCCUAGUGAUCAGCUGAAAUACUUCUUGUAAAACCUUUACAAAUCAGGUGUAUGUAAAAAUUGUUUGUCAAUUCCAUGUCAUUCCAAAGACAAAGCACCUCUCCUGCCAGAGGACAUGGGGAAAAUUCACCGGGAGAACCAUAAUUUACUCACAGUUGCUUAAAAUCCCACAGAGAGCAGAGCCAUCACAGUGGCGGGUGGGCAAAUCUAUUCUCAGGCUUUACUACAAUAUAGUUAAGAUGGCAGAAUUUUAGUGUCAUUGUAUAUUUAUUCCACUAAGUGCCUGCCUGCGUGGAAAUACAACUUGUUUAUGCACCUUCAGCUGUGAAUGUGUCAGUGCAGUGUGCUUUCUCUUCACUGUUACUUUGUCUCUGUACUAUACAAAUCCAGGACAAGCCUCUCUUCUUUUCACGAGGGUCCAUUCAUACUCAUUCUUGCAAGGUACAACAAAUUGAACAGGAAAAGGAAAAAAGAAGGAAAAGAAAGAAGGAAAGAAACCAACUCAGUAUAUGCAGUUAAUAAAUGUUUUGAUGUGGGAAAUAA